AAUGAUGAGAGCAGAAGUAUUCAGCGUUAAAUACACUAAAUAUUAAUAAAGUUGUAACAAAUGUUACAUUAGUCAGACACAAUACGAAAUAUAAAUGUAUAUAUGGGUGUUUCUCUUUAACUCUGGGCACCUUUAUGCACCAGUUUUUUUUUCUUUAUUUAUUUGUUUUUUAAUACAGUAUUAGUAGGCUACCAGAACGAACACAUUUUCUAGCUUUUAAAAGUUGUGUGUAUGAAAAGCAACCGUGUCAGUAAAGAGCAGGCUUGCGUUGAAAUGAUACGGGAUAACGUUAGUUGAAGAAAACAAAUCAAGGCAAAUAUCACUUAUGAAUAGUUCCUUUUCACAAUUGCAUGAGUACAAACGUACAUCAGAACAGGUCAAGUGAGAGAGCAAGUUGUUUAAAUUAAAUUAGUAUACAGUAAUCAACUCUUAAUGUACCAAAGCUAAAUGUAUUUCCCAAAUGUACUCUCUACAGUUUUUGUUGUGUCCUCCUAUAAUGCAAAACAUCAUUUUCUAUAAUUCCCCCCCACAAACUCGAGAUGUGACCAAAAAAAAAAAAAAAAAAAAAUAACUGGUGAUUUCUUUGACAUAAUUGUCGUUGCUUUGCGAGACGAAACAAAAACAAAACACUGAAGAACAGCAUCUUGGGAGCAGCGAGUCUGUGGUUUUGAUUACUAUCCAGGGAGACCCUUGUCUGUCUCUAUAGAAACUACAAAACACUCUGGACAAAGUCAGGCAAUGGACGAAGAUCAGUCUGCUGAGGAGACUACAUUUGUUGUGGACGAGAUUACCACAGUUAUCAAAGAAGCUGUUGAAAGCACCAUUGGAAACAGCUCUUACCAACACAGCAAAAUCAACCAGUGGAUGUCAAACAUCGUAGAGUCAAGUCUGAACCAGCUAACUAAAUUAGGAAAACCUUUUAAGUACAUAGUGACAUGCGUCAUACUGCAAAAAAACGGAGCAGGUUUGCACACUGCCAGCUCAUGUUUCUGGGACAACACUACAGAUGGGAGCUGCACCGUACGGUGGGAGAAUAAAACCAUAUACUGCGUAGUUAGUGUUUUUGGACUUGCCAUCUGAGGAUGAAUAUAAACAUGUAAGCCUGUCUCCUGUUCAAAGGUUUCUGAACCUUUUUGAAAGCCUCAUAAACAAGCAAUACUGUCCCAGUUUAAUUUGUAACUUGAAUAAAUUCAUUUUCGAUUCUAAAUCUGUGUUUGUCUUUUCAUAGUGUAUAUAUAUAUAAUAUAUAUAUGACCAACUAAACCUAACAUGGAUCAUGUGGAGUCAUUUACAGUUAUGGUCUGAUGUGUAUACAAAAUAACAAAAUACAUAUUUUUGAAAUCUUUUGUUCUUUUUUAUUUGACCUUAUUUACAGAUAUAAACAUUCACAACUUAACAAUCAAAGGUACUCAAUUCUGGCCGCAAAGAACCAAAAUUGUAUCAAUGAUAUAAAAAAAUACUAUGAAAGUCUCUCAAAUAAAAAAGGUGGACAAGAGUUU